AUGCUGCCAGCUUUUGCUCCACAAGCUUUUGAUCCACAUUCGUUCUACACGCCCUAUGCCUACGGCUCGUCGUUGACUACCUAUGGCACUCCAGUAUCGUCGAUGCCUCCGUCGUACUAUCAGGACACUCCAUCCUACAACAAAUCCGAAUCGGACUCUACACCUGAAGAAAAGAAAAAAGACCCAAUGUAUCUCGCCAAGCGUCAUAAGAAUAACCUAGCCGCACAGAAAUCACGGAAAAUCAGGCGACAACGAGAAGAGUCGAUCACGAAAACCGCCGAGAUGCUUCGUGCAGAAAAUGACAGUCUGAAAAGUGAAAUCGUCCCCAUUACGAGAGGUCGAAUGAUCACCGAUCUUCGAAAACAGCUCAGUUCGACUUGCCAGGCACCGGCGCCAACGGAGCCUAUGCGAGACACAGCGAACAUCACUCGACCAGAUGCCUACAUGCCUUACCACACGUUCCAGAUUGGCUUUUCUAUCAAACAGCCAAUUAUAAAGCCUUCACUAUCUUGGCUCAGCGGCACCGGUUCUUCACCUACGGAUGCAUCUUUCGGGUUCAACGCAUCCACAAAUUCUCGGAUAUGGUCACUCCGGCCAUCUCGCUAA